AUGCUUUUAGACCAAUUUGACGAUAGUAACUGGGUCGGAGGAAACGUUACUGCGUGGGGAUUGGACCAUUGUUCUGAACAAAGGGAGAUUGCGACGGGGUCCAUUGAUAAUUCCGAAUUCAGAUCACUCAAGCUGGAAAAUCUCAAUAAAGAAACACUUUCCGAUUUUGAAGCCCUCAUGCUAGGGGAGAUCUCGAACGACGGAUGUUCGGAAGAUGAGAUGGAUUCGGCCACCAGCUCCGAAGAUGAAGGCUUCUUCCCGCUUAUGGAAUUGCCCCUGGAGAUUAGAUUGCAGAUUUACCGUUGGGUGCACCUUAUGACUCCCAUCCAGCUGACGCAGUUCGCGCCGUGGUACCCCAACCCGGUUUAUCAUGCUUAUCAUGUCAAAGCCGUAGCGUUGGACACAGAAACAGAAACAGAUUCGUCACGGUCUAACUUCGGCAUACCGAAGGACCUUGCUGGAAACCAGAAGCAGAUAGCAGAGCGACCACAGCUGCUCUCUCCUUAUCGGCCGAAUUGCUGUAUGCCAACCUCGAUACUGAUAGCAAACCGGCAAAUUUAUCACGAGAGUAGGCAUUUGCCGUUCCUAGAAAACGAAUUUGUAUUCGUCAACUGGUUCACGUCGGGGUUAUGGGCGGCACGGUCGUUUAUGAAAGGGCUGCAGCCGUGGCAAUUAACGAUGCGGUACGCUCGUCUGGAGCUUCUAUCGCGGGACCUCAUGGGGCGGUCUUUAGAAGAUUGGAGAGACUUAUGUGAAGCUUGGGCCCCCGGGCUAAAAGGGCUAAGACUAAAGAUUCUAAAUGGUGGAGGAGGAGGGGGAACAUCAGCAACGGGAGGGAUGUCAUGGGUCGAUGGAUAG